AGUUAAACUGUCUGAGAUGGAGUUUUCUCUGUUCAACACACAUCUACACUGGCUACUGUUUUUUCUUGCCUCAAGAGGAUGGGUGUCUGAUGCACAAACUUGCAAUACUUCAGCUUUUGCUGAUUCAUAUCGGCAACUUUUUGAGUAUCUUGACCUGGGAAAAAAUGACACUAUGACAACGUACAUGCGGCCUAUGUCACCGGGGAAAACCUACACCCCUGUUUUUGUGGACUUGUAUGUAAACUCCAUCAUAGAAGUGUAUGAAAAAGAGCAGAGCCUCUCAACACAGGUCAAAAUGAUAACACUUUGGGAAAGCGUGAAGUGGAAUCAAACUCUAUUUUGUCAAAUUCAAACAAUUGCAGCUGGCAAGAAUUCAUUUUGGGGACCAGACCUUGUUAUAGCAGAGAGCAUCAACACUGACUUUGGAGGAAAGCAGUCUCUAAAUGUGCAGAUGAUCUAUUUUGGCUAUACACUUUUGUCUGAGAUCUUUUCUCUGAACACCGCCUGUAAGCUGGACCUCUACAGGUUCCCCUUUGACACCCAGAUCUGCAAUAUAACACUUCAGUCUACGGCAUAUUCAAAUGUAGAUCUGAAAAUAUUCAUGUUGCAUGAUACAGGCAUUCUUACGAAUUCUUCCAAGCAAUCCUUUCAGUCCCAGGGGGAAUGGGAGCUCCUCAAUAUAAGUACAAUCAAAUCUAAAAUCAGCCAUUGGUAUAGCUACACAGAUCAGCUGAUAUAUCAGAUCACCAUCAGAAGAAGACCUCUACUGCAUGUCAUCAACGUUAUGCUACCAGUGUUUUCCUUCCUUGUGCUGGAUGUGACCUCCUUCUUCAUCGACGCAGACGGAGCAGACAAGCUGAGCUUUAAAGUGACUUUACUUCUGGCUAUUUCUGUGCUACUGCUGAUUCUUAAUGACACCCUGCCUUCUACAACUGAUAAAGUUCCUCUGAUUGGGAUUUACUGCAGUGUCAUUUUCAGUUUCAUUGGUAUCAGUAUACUGGAGACCAUCUUUGUGAAUUUUCUGAAGGCUAGAGGAGCUGACAGGAGAUCGUCUGCAUCAGCUGCUGUUGCUGAACAAGAUGAUGGUGUCAGUGGUGCUCAGGUCAAUCAAGACGGAAAUCAGAACAGACAGUGUGAGACUUCACUGUGCUGGAUAAGAUUGGCAAGAAUCACAGACAUGCUAUUCUUGAUUCUCUACAUAACCUCCAUUGUUGUGUUUCUGACUAUGAUUGGGAGAGUUUGGUAUGUACUCUGAUCUCACAUUAAUGAAAUGGCAAAAAAAGGAAAUUUAUGAGCCACCGUGUAGGAUUUAAAUCAAUCUUUGCUUAUCCACACACAUGAAACACGUGCAUGAUUUGAUUUUUAAUGUUAACGGUGACCUCAGAUGCCCAUUUUACAAGGUAAUAUUACACUUUGGGGUCUUAAAUUUAAUUAAGUCUAUAAUUUAUCUCAUUGAUACUGUAGAUAAA